CAAAGACCUUAUGGAACGACUAUAAGGAUUUCCAAAACUGCAUAGAAGUCUUUGCAUUGCAUGCUUGCUUGCCAAACCUAUAAGGAUUUCCACACCUACCAUUGAUUGCAUGUUUUUCCUUCUCUUUAUUGUUGUUUUACGUGACAUUCUUAUUAUGUGUUUUGUUACAUAUAGUACCAAUCUGUAAUAAAGAGAAGAUUAGAAGUAGCAAGAAAGAAAGGACUUGAGGAGAUGGAUUACAACAAAGUUGAAUGUGAAGAAUCCAAAGUCGGAGAGGUGAAGGAAAAACCCCGUAAUAUGGAGGUGCGGCGCAUUGUAGAACUCAAAGCUGAGAAUUUGAAGGGUUUGAUCACGGGAGAGAAGCUGAAGAGCUUGAUUAUGGAAAGGAUCAAAGCUGAAAAGCUUAAGAGCUGGACUGUAGCUCUGUCUAUGGCUCGAUCAAACUUGUGGAUAAUUGGCGUUGCAACGUUGCUGUUGGGCACCUGUGUAGUGCAGCUGAGAACACUCAGCAAGACUAUGACGCCGAGGCUGUUCACGUCCCUUUCUUCUCAUCAAGUUGAUGUUCCACCGGAAAGAGUUUAUGAGAGCAAUGGAUAUCUGAUAGUUUCGACUAAUGGAGGAUUGAAUCAAAUGCGAGCUGGUAUUUGUGACAUGGUUGCCAUUGCAAGAUAUCUGAAUGUCACUCUUAUAGUUCCUGAGUUGGAUAAAACCUCCUUUUGGAAUGAUAGCAGUAAAUUCCAAGAUUUAUUUGAUGUGGAUUACUUCAUUACAUCUUUGAGAGACGAAGUUCAGAUAUUGAAAGAUCUGCCUAAAGAGCUGAAGAUAAUGGAAUACUUACCUUGCUUCUAUUCCAUGCCACCCGCUAGUUGGUCCAAUAUGUCCUAUUACUAUCAAACGAUUCUUCCAAUGAUAAAAAGGCAUGGAAUCAUGCAUUUCACCAAGUCUGAUUCUAGGCUUGCAAAUAAUGGGAUUGCUGAGGAGGUCCAAAAGUUGCGCUGCCGAGUGAACUAUGAAGCUCUGAGAUUCACUACACCAAUAGAAGAAAUGGGCAAGAAGAUUGUCAAGCUUCUGAGGCAAAAAGGCCCUUUCUUAGCUCUUCAUCUCAGAUAUGAAAUGGACAUGUUAGCGUUCUCUGGCUGUAUUGAAGGUUGCAAUGACACAGAAAUUAAUGAAUUGACAAAAAUGAGAUAUGCCUACCCAUGGUGGAAAGAAAAAGAAAUAGACUCGGAGAAGAAAAGAAAAUUUGGUGGUUGUCCCUUAACCCCCGAGGAAACUGCACUCACAUUGAGGGCAUUGGAUAUUGAUCCUAGUGUCCAGGUUUAUAUUGCUGCUGGAAAUAUAUAUGGGGGAGAGAGGAGAAUGGCAGCUGUGAGAUCAAUUUUUCCAAAUUUGAUCAAAAAGGAAACUUUGCUGCCACCCUCAGACCUUAAACCCUUUCGGAAACAUUCAAACAUGAUGGCAGCGUUGGAUUAUAUAGUAGCAAUAGAAAGUGACAUUUUUGUGCCAACAUAUGGAGGAAACAUGGCAAGAGUUGUUGAAGGCCAUCGACGAUACUUGGGGUUCAAGACGACAAUUAUUUUAGACAGAGGGCUUAUAGUAAAUUUGAUAGAUGAGUACAAGAAUGGAACAAUGAGCUGGGACGAAUUCUCCCAAGCAGUCAAGACAGGUCAUGCUGAUCGCAUGGGUGGCCCAACAAGAAGAAUGGAGAUUCUUGGGAAGCCCAAGGAAGAAGAUUAUUUCUAUACUAAUCCACAGGAAUGUUUGCCACCAUUUGUUAAAAAAUCAAAGAGUGCAUGAUAGUGAAUAGUGAUGUUCUUUUGGAUUAAACUAGCAGGGUCUAGUCCCCCACAUGCAGCUCAUGUUCCAGGACUCCAAAAAUGUACAUCCUGUAACAAAAUUGAACUAAUUUUUUUUUUCUUUUCA